AUGGUUCCGCUGCUCAUCUGCCUGCUGUGCCUCAUGGGCGGGUGCAUGUGGUGGCUCUUCCGCCGCUGCCUGCACUCCGGCUCCACUGCCAGCAAGGACUGGCCGCCCGCCACCUACGACGAGUUUAAAGACGUCCCUAGAAUCUGCCGCAUCCUGCUGUCCGUCUACGAGGAGGACAUCAACAACCCCGUGUAUAAUGACCGCCUGGAGAUUAAAGACGUCGUGCGGCUCGCGGGGUACAAGGACACGCAGGGCCGGUGCCCGCCGUACGUGAUCUACGUGGACCACGCGGCGCGCGACAUCUGUCUCGCGGUGCGCGGGCUGAACAUGGCGAACUUCGCCGACUACCGCGUGCUCAUGGACAACCGCAUGGGCAAGCAGCGCUUCGACGGCGGCUACGUGCACCACGGGCUGCUCAAGUCCGCCGCGUGGCUGCUCGACCACGAGAUGGAGACGCUCAACGCGCUCGCCGCGGAAAACCCGGAGUAUACUGUCACGCUGGCGGGGCAUUCGCUGGGGAGCGGGAUUGUGGCGAUGAUGACGGUGAUUCUGCAUAAGAACCCCGGCGAGGUGGGGUUUGAUGAUGCGCGCCUGCGGUGUUUCUGCAUCGCGCCCGCGCGGUCCACGUCGCUCAACCUCGCGAUUAAGUACGCUGACAUCAUCAACUCCGUCGUCUUGCAGGACGAUUUCCUUCCGCGCACGUCAGCGCCCAUCGAUAACAUCCUCGCGUUCUCCUUCUGGUGCGCCCCCUACAUCCCUCGGGUGCAACCCCCUCCUUCCCUCACGCUCCUUCCUUCCCCUUCCUUCCCUCACGCUCCUUCCUUCCCCCUCCUUCCCUCACGCUCCUUCCUUCCCCUUCCUUCCCUCACGCUUCUUCCUUCCCCCUCCUUCCCUCACGCUCCCUCCUUCCCCCUCCUUCCCUCACGCUCCUUCCUUCCCCCUCCUUCCCUCACGCUCCUUCCUUCCCCCUCCUUCCCUCACGCUCCUUCCUUCCCCCUCCUUCCCUCGCGCUCCUUCCUUCCCCCUCCUUCCCUCACGCUCCUUCCUUCCCCCUCCUUCCCUCACGCUCCUUCCUUCCCCCUCCUUCCCUCACGCUCCUUCCUUCCCCCUCCUUCCCUCACGCUCCUUCCUUCCCCCUCCUUCCCUCACGCUCCUUCCUUCCCCCUCCUUCCCUCGCGCUCCUUCCUUCCCCCUCCUUCCCUCACGCUCCUUCCUUCCCCCUCCUUCCCUCACGCUCCUUCCUUCCCCCUCCUUCCCUCACGCUCCUUCCUUCCCCCUCCUUCCCUCACGCUCCUUCCUUCCCUCUCCUUCCCUCACGCUUCGUCCCUCCCUCUCCUCCCCUCGCUCGCCUUCCCUCAAUCUACAUCCCUUGUCUCCUCCCCUCCUUCCCUUGUCUCCUCCCCUCACUCUCCUUCCAUCCCUCUGCUAUCAUCCCUCUCCUCCCCCUCUCUCCUUCCCUCACUCUCCUUCCCUCAACGUCCUUUCUCACUCUCCGUCCGACCCGUCUUCCUCUCCCCCCCUCAGCUGCCGUGCAUGCUCCUGCCCUGCAUGCUGUGUCUCAAGUGCUGCUGGGACACAUGCGGCCUAUACAAGCGGCGUGUGAAGGACCCUCGCCGCCUCUACGCGCCUGGCCGCCUCUUCCACAUCCUCUACACCUCCGACUUCAGCACUGCCGCUACAGGGCACGCACUGCUGCUACAGGGCAUGCACUGCUGCUACAGGGCACGCACUGCUGCUACAGGGCACGCACUGCUGCUACAGGGCACGCACUGCUGCUACAGGGCACGCACUGCUGCUACAGGGCACGCACUGCUGCUACAGGGCACGCACUGCUGCUACAGGGCACGCACUGCUGCUACAGGGCACGCACUGCUGCUACAGGGCACGCACUGCUGCUACAGGGCACGCACUGCUGCUACAGGGCACGCACUGCUGCUACAGGGCACGCACUGCUGCUACAGGGCACGCACUGCUGCUACAGGGCACGCACUGCUGCUACAGGGCACGCACUGCUGCUACAGGGCACGCACUGCUGCUACAGGGCAUGCACUGCUGCUACAGGGCAUGGACUUCUCCCUGUCAGAUCAGGAGGCUGCACUCGUCCCUGCUCCCCUCGCCUUUCUCCCCCAUUCUCCUCCCACUGCCCCCCUCCCUCCCCCCUGCAGCAUGCCAGACACCUACAACGCCGUCCACCCACAUGCACGCCCCUACAUCCACCCCCCUCCCCCACCUCCUCCCCCUUCCCCCCUUUCCCCCCCUUCUCGCACUCCCCCCCUUCUCGCACUUCCCCCCACCCCCAGCUGCCAGGAGGAGGAGCUGCAGGUGAAGACCGCCGUACCCGUGGAGGACCGCUUCGAGAAGGUGGUGCUGUCGCGCACGGCCAUCGACGACCAUUCGAUCGUCAUCAUCGAGCGCCGAUCAACGGUGGCGGUGGAAUCUCUAGAGCUGCGGGAGCAGGCAGAGGAGGAGAAGGAGACAAAUCCCCCCUCACAGCAGCGCAUGCAGCGGUCCAUGCAGCGAUCGAUGACUUCCAAGGAGCGCCAGCAGCAGUACGCACAGGCGCUUGAACGCGCCCUCACGCUGCACGUGCCUGAUGCUGCCUCGCAUGAGGAGAUCCGACGGCUGGUGGCUGCUGCUGAGGCGCGGGAGGAAGGGGUGGAAGAGAGGGCGGUGCAUGGGCGCAGGGUGGAUGGGAUGGGCGAGAAGGGAGAGAAAGGGGAGAGGGGAGAAAAGGGAGAGGGGAAGGAGAAAUCAGAAACGAUGGCACCUACGCCAGCAGCAGCAGGGGCAGUGGCAGCAGCAGGGGCAGGGGCAGUGGCAGUUGUUGCUGCUGUGGGGAUGGAAGGUGGCAAGGAGGCAGAGAAGACGAAGGACGAGGACGAGACAAGUGAGAGGAGCGGGAAGAGCGGGAAGAGCGAGACGCUGUCAGAGUUGUGGCAGAAGGAGGUGGAGGAGUUCCGGGAGAAGGAGAGGCAGGCACUGCUGGAGGAGGAGAGGAAAGCCGAGGAGCGCGUGAGGCAGUUUGAGGAGCACAGCCGGGCGGAUAAGGCAGAGAAGGCGGAGCAGCGCCGAGCGGAGCAGGCGGGAGGGGAUGAGGAGGAGGAGAGGGGCGAGGAGGUGGAGAGGGGCGAGGAGGCGGAGAGGGGCGAGGAGGAGGAGAGGCUAUCGGACUACUGGAGCAAGGAGCUGGCGGCGCUGCGGCGGCGGGAGGAGCUGGCGAUGGUGGAGAGGGAGGAGCGGCAGAGGGCGGAGCGGGCGAGGCGGGCCGAGGAGGAGGAGGCUGCUGAGCGGCUUUCGGAGUUUUGGGGAAGGGAGAUGGAUGGGGAGAAGGGGGAGGGGGAGUGGGCGGAGAGGGAGGUGGAGGGGGAGGGGGGGGACGGAGGCCCAGCAGAUGUGGCCAUCCAUGUGGAUGAAGGCACGGCAAUGCUACCCAAGGCGCCACCACCUGCCUUUGCCACCACUGCUCCUGCCACUGCAGCACCUGCAGCCGGGGCUGGGGCCAAGGGCGAGAAGAGCGAGGCAGAGCGUGAGGGGCAGCAGCAGAGGCAUGCACAGCUGUGGCGGGCUUUAACUACCGCACCGCAGCAGCAGCAGCAGCAGCAGCAGGUGGAGGCUGCAGCAGCAAGGCAGCAGAUGGGGCGCGCGAUCACUGUAGGGUCAGGGCGAGAGGAGGCAGCAGCAGCGAGGCUGUCUGCAGGAGGGGCAGCGGCAAAGGGGGGGCUGUCUGCAGGGGAAGUGGGGGGGACGGGGGGGACGGGGGGGACCCUGUCAGUGAGGCAGAAGUGGGCGCGCAUAGUGGAUGAGUUGAUAGACGAGGGGGAGGGGGAAGUGCAGGGGGGCACACGAGACGCCGCCGAGGCUCAGCUUCGGGAGGCGCAGAGGAUUGGCAAGGAGCAGUGGCACAAGGCUCGGGCGGCGUUCCUUUCUGGGGUGGGUGGCCUGUCGAAGAAGGCCGGGAUGAACAUUGAGAUCUGA